CAAUAAGAAAACAAUAUAAAUAAUACUAUUUUGUUUCACUGUCAGUAAAAAUUAUGAUCCCUCAUUUAUUUCCAGAAUAAAUUUUGCAUGCAUCAUAAGAUCAUGGAUACAUUUCCUACACAAAGGUAUGAAACAAAGAUUGAAACUUUUGACACAUGCAUGAUCGAUGCUGCAAAUCAACAACGAGAUAUAUCUCAAACAGUAAGCGGACAAGCAACUUUCCAAACAGUUGAAGUAGAGAAUCAAGAAAAUCAUGAAACUUCAAGCUUACAUCAACAGCAACAGGAAUCACCACAGCAACAUCAACCAGAUCAACCUAAUCAAAUCUCACAAAUACAGUCUAAUACUCAACAAAGUAUGACAUUGACUCCAAUUCGAUUACCAGCCAUACUUGAUGGAGAAUUCUUUACAGUAAUUAGAGUAGAAGAUAGUAAUGUAACAGUUCGAUGUUUACAAUGUCAAAAGCAUUUAAAUGGAAAUUUAAAAUCUACAGGAAAUUUUUUAAGUCAUAUUAAAAGAGUACAUCCUUUUAUGGUUGAUAAAAUUAAAUGUAAAUCAAAUCAGAGAAAACCUGCAAUGAUAUAUAUUGAUUUAACAGCUGAUAAAUGUCCAGAAAUAGUAAGAACGAAAAGAGGGUAUAGGAAAUGUUACAAAACAGAAGAGUGGCAACCAGGAAAUGAAGAAAGCUUUGAUCAGUCUAAUGAAUGGACUGACACUCCUGUAAUUCGUAGACAUAAAUCAGAAGAAGCUGAAUGUUCUGAUCUCUUAAAAAUAUCACAUAAUAAUUCAUUUGUAAUGGUAGAUGAGUUUGAUGCAAUUGGGCGAAAUGUUGCAGCUAAACUCAGAAAUAUGAGAUUAGACCAAAGAAUUAUAGCUGAAAAGUUAUUAAAUGAUAUUUUAUUUGAAGCACAAUUAGGAAAUCUUCAUAGAGAUUCUAACAUACAUGUAUGA